AUGAGUUUGUGGACAGAUAAGAAAUUUUCUGACCUCGGUUUAACUUACUGGAUAACACGGCAAACAGAAAAGCUUGGUUUACGUCGACCGACACCGAUCCAGGUUGAAUGCAUCCCUCGCAUUCUGCAGGGACAGGAUUGUAUUGGUGCGGCAAAAACUGGUUCGGGGAAAACGUUUGCUUUUGCACUGCCAAUACUCCAGAAGCUCAGCGAAGAGCCGACGGCAAACUUUGCGCUUGUGCUUACCCCAACGCAUGAACUGGCUCACCAGAUAGCGGAACAGUUCAUUGUCGCAGGUCAACCAAUGAACGCACGUGUUUGUGUCGUAACUGGUGGAACCGAUCAUUUACUCGAAAGCCAACAACUACAGAAACGUCCACACAUUGUCGUAGCCAUGCCGGGAAGAUUGGCCGACCAUCUGACCGGAUGCAAUACGUAUUCGUUCGCGGCACUGCAAUUUCUGGUGGUCGAUGAAGCAGACCGAAUGUUGAGUGGAAGUUUCGACGACGACUUAAAGGUGAUCAACCGUUUCCUUCCGGCCAAACGACAAAAUUUGUUCUUUUCAGCCACACUGAAGGAUUUCCUAAAGACUUCGAUAGUGUUUCCAAUUCCGGACGAUGUGUUUGAAUGGUCUGAACAAUCGCAGGUGGCGACGGUGGAAACGCUUGACCAGCGUUACCUACUGUGUGCCGACUAUGAUCGUGAUACCGUGCUGGUGGAAGCAUUGCGCAAAUACAAGGAGGAAAACGAAGAUGUGAGCAUUAUGAUCUUUACCAAUUCUAAAAAAGAUUGUCAAAUUCUGUCCAUGGCGUUGAACUCGUUCGGGUUUGACAACGUAUGUUUGCACGGAUUUUUACGACAAAAGCAACGCGUGACGGCACUUAAUAAGUUCAAAUCCAAACACGUGCGAAUAAUGAUCGCAACCGAUGUGGCCAGUCGUGGGCUAGAUAUACACGACGUACAACUGGUAAUGAACCAUCGGCUACCGAAGAAACCGAUCGAAUACAUUCACCGGGUUGGUCGUACAGCGCGCGCCGGCCGGUCUGGGAUGGCGAUAACGAUUUUACGUUUCCCCAGGGAUUUAGAGGCUCUCGGAGAAAUCGAGGGUCUCAUCAAUACAAAAUUGACCGAAUAUUCGGUAGAUGAUCGCCUUGUGCAGCGUAUAUUCAUGCAAGUGAAGGUAGCCCGUGCCGAAGCUGAGAUGAACCUGGACAACAAGGAUUUCGACGAACGGCAACAUAAAUAUCGCCGCCUGCGUUGGAUACAGGAAGGUCACGAUCCGGAUGAAAUGGAGGCAAAGUGGAAGGAAGAAAUGAAAGUACGAGAGCAGGCGCGAAGAGAGCGUUUGCGGCAGGAGAAUGAAGAACGGCGCCAGCGAGACAAACAGACAAUGAGUAGCCCGUCCGUGGUGAAUGAUUCCCGAUUCCAAGCGGCCGCAGCAGAUAAAAAGUUUAAGAAGCGGAAAUUCAUUGCUCCCGAGAAGCUGAACGAGCUGAUAGAAAAGCGUAAAACCGAACCGGAGCGUAAGAAAUCUCGCGGCACAAAGAAAGUUACAAAAUGUAUGAAGAAAAAAACUAAGAUAGCAAAAUAA